AUGUUACAUUUUCGGUCAACGGUAGCGCUCAAGGAGUUAUUUCAAAGCCAGCUAAAGCGCCCGUUGACAGGUAGAGUUGGUGUCAAAGCGGCACCUGCAUCCGCCUCCGGCUUUAGCACCGCCGCCGCUUUGGAUGGGAGGUCGCUGGCCAGAGGGAGGGCAUUUGCCGGGUGGAGAGCCCCGCAGAACUUCAACAAAAAGCACGGCGUAAGAAGCUUCUGCUCCAAGACUGACGGUCAGAAUGAAGCAUCCAAGGACGCAGCGGCAGAGAAGAGAAGGAAAGCAGGCAUCUUGCCCAGUCUGGAAGACCUGCUCUUCUACACUAUUGCAGAGGGACAGGAGAAGAUCCCUGCCCACAAAUUCACCACAGCUCUCAAGGCCACAGGGCUGCGGACAGGAGACCCCCGACUCAAAGAAUGUAUGGAGAUGCUGAAGGUGACCUUAAAGACCACUUCAGAUGGAGCGUUGGACCGACACCUCUUCAAAAAAUGUGUCCAGAGCAACAUUGUGCUGCUCACCCAGGCCUUCAGGAAGAAGUUUGUGAUCCCAGACUUUCAGUCCUUCUGUGCCCACAUGGAUGAACUCUACGACAAUGCCAAAAACCUGUCUGGAGGGCAGGUGGCGGACUACAUUCCCCAGCUGGCUCGCUUCAGUCCAGACCUGUGGGCUGUUUCUCUGUGCACUGUAGAUGGACAGAGACACACUGUUGGUGACACCAAAGUUCCUUUCUGUCUGCAGUCCUGUGUCAAGCCGCUGAAAUAUGCCAUUGCUGUUCAUGAUCACGGCACAGAGUAUGUGCAUCGCUUCAUUGGAAAAGAGCCAAGCGGUCUACGAUUCAACAAGCUUUUCCUCAAUGAAGACGAUAAACCACACAACCCCAUGGUUAAUGCUGGUGCUAUUGUCUGUACAUCCCUCAUUAAGCAAGGGGCGAGCAAUGCAGAGAAGUUUGACUAUGUCAUGAACUUCAUGAACAAAUUGGCAGGAAAUGAGUGUGGCUUCAGCAAUGCCACUUUCCAGUCAGAGCGUGAGUCCGGCAGAAACUUUGCUAUUGGCUAUACCCUGAAGGAAAAGAAGUGUUUUCCAGAGGGGACAGACAUGACCUCCAUCUUGGACUUCUACUUCCAGUUGUGCUCCAUUGAGGUGACCUGUGAAAGUGCUAGUGUGAUGGCAGCAACACUGGCCAACGGCGGCUUCUGUCCAAUCACAGGAGAGCGUGUGCUGAGCCCGGAGGCAGUGCGAAACACCCUGAGCCUUAUGCAUUCUUGCGGCAUGUACGACUUCUCGGGGCAGUUCGCUUUUCAUGUGGGUCUGCCGGCUAAAUCUGGGGUGGCUGGAGGCAUUCUGCUGGUGGUUCCCAAUGUCAUGGGCAUCAUGUGCUGGUCCCCUCCUCUGGACAAACUGGGGAACAGUGUCAGAGGCAUCCAGUUCUGCACGGACUUGGUUUCCCUGUUUAAUUUCCACAACUACGAUAAUCUAAGGCACUUUGCAAAGAAACUGGAUCCCCGCCGAGAGGGAGGAGACCAGAGGGUGAAGUCUGUCAUUAAUCUGCUGUUUGCUGCUUACACUGGAGACGUGUCAGCCCUGAGGAGGUUUGCCCUGUCCUCCAUGGACAUGGAGCAGAGAGACUACGACUCCAGGACCGCCCUCCAUGUGGCGGCUGCUGAGGGGCAUGCAGAGGUGGUUCGCUUCCUACUGGAGGCCUGUAAGGUCAAUCCUGUUCCCCGAGACAGGUGGGGGAACACACCGAUGGACGAGGCGGUCCACUUCGGCCACCAUGACGUUGUGACCAUCCUCCGGGACUACCACACCCAGUACAGCCCCGUUGAGACCACCACGGACAAACAGAGCGCAGAGAAGAAUCUGGACGGCAUGCUCUGACGGAACGUAGUCUGAAGAACUCAGAAACCUCCACACCGGAACCUGCUGAACGACCGAGCAGCAGACACAGCUCAGAAAAGUCCGGUCCUUAGGCCCCGCCCACAGGAAGCUGCUGUCUCUCAGUAACAGCCUCCUUCGUUGUGUCGGUUCAUGUGUUUUGUACAUUCGACCUGUUUGUGCUUUGAGUGAGGAAACUGCAUUCCUCUUGUUUGUUUUUGUUUGUUUUUACUCGUCCUUAGUUCUGUGUUUUUAGCCUUUCCGUGUCACCAGCCACCACCUGAACUCUCGGUAAAUUUAACGUCUGUUAGAAGCGUCUGUCGUCAUUACCUGGUCAGAUUUGUUCCACAUGUAUGAAAAUACUGCUUCUCGUCACCAGUAUUCCGAAAUAAACCGUUGUAGAUUUACAGAAAUAGAAAAUACAGAUUUUAGGUUAAUGUACACAAAAGUAUGUUGUUCAAUAGUGUGUAUAUUUCAUGAUUUUAUUUAUUACUUUGCUUAGCUAGUAUGUUAGCUGAUAUGACUGGAGAAAAAAAAACAUAAAUGUAUUCGAUUAGGGAAAAAAAAGUCAGGAGGAAGCAAUAUUUUCACGUAUGCAUGGAGCAAAUUGGGUUUUAUGUCUUUGGAUCUAAACCAGAAAUGUGUUCAACACUGGAUCAGAAUGUAGCUCAGGAUUUGUUCCAUAUAUUAGUGAAAAUAUUCCUUCCUAAUGUUUGCAGUUCAGUCAGACUGAUGCAAAAAUGACAAAAGAAUAAGAAUUAAAAUGUGGUUAAUGUGGUAUUUAUUUAGUAUCGUGUAUCAGACACACUAAACAUCUCAUCUAUAAUGAAUACAUGACAAAAUAAUGUACAUUUUCUAUUUCAUCACGAGUCAAAUCCAAAAUAAUAUUGUCUUUACAGAUUUUAUUUCCUGGAAGUAGGAUUUUCACACUUUGAUGUUUGAUGAUUGAGAGGAAGUGACUGGAGCUGAAAGAGGAAGUAGAUGUAGAACAUAUUUAAAACCCUUCAUCACCAUCACAGCGCAGUGGAACACAUCCACAUCCCCUUUGGUGAGUGUAUUUAUUCAUAUCUGUUGAAGAUCAAGUGUACAUUGAUGUAGUGUGUAUAUUCUGAGGAGAAUCUGUGUAAAUAUGUGCAGCUGUAAAGUUGGAGUUGUCGGCUCUCACUCAAACUACAAACACUCUCCUCCUUCAUCAGUAAUUAUGAUGUUUAGACUCUAAAUGACAGAUUACAUUCUCUUUAAGUGAAUAUUAUGCCUUUGGGAAGGUUUGAAAUGAGGAAAUCCUUUUGUUUCUGUCAAAUAUUGUUUUUGUCCCCAAAGACUGGAGUGUGUUUUUCUACCGUUGUCCACUCUAUAUGCUAUUUAUUUAGUGUAUUUUAUUGUUUUUUGUUUUUUUUUUAUUAGUUUGGCCAAAGUUGUGGGUGUUGAGAGCUUGUACAUAUCAGAUGUGACACUGCCAGCGGUAACAGCAGCUCCUCGUCAUCAGACUUUAUUCUUUUUUUUUUUUUUUUUUCCAAAGGAUUCAAACUAAAACCCACAAAUCUAACACCAUUACAGAUGAUUUUUAGGUGAACGCUGGAGCUGCUGAGCGCGUUCAUGUCUGUUAAGGUGCUGUAACUAAAACCGGUGGCGUCUCUUUACUUUAUUUGAACCUCUGGCAUCCAAACAUGACUUUUCCAAGAGACUGUGUAUUGUAUCACAAGAUUUACGAUGGUUAUUGUAAGUAAACACUCGUUCCAGUCAGUUGAAAUCUGGAGGAGCUUUAUGAAGCAGAUUGUGUUUAUCUGCCGUACUUGAAAAGCUGAUGUUUUAGUCUUUUCACAGGUUUGAAUUAUUGUGCGUUUGUUUGUUUGUCGUGCGGAUGCUGUUUUCUGUAACCAUGGCAAUCGACACUCCUGUAACGGCGAACAAGCCACGCGUUGAUAUUCUGAACAGCGGGUGAAACGUCGGAGUCCCUCAGGUCGGGUUAUGUUCAGUUUCAUUAAUCUGGUUUGGAUCGAAUUGUUAAAGAAGCACAAAACUGCAUCCAAACACUUGAAUAUGUAAGAAACAGCAAUAGAACGUGAAUGAUUGUGACCUGAUGCGCAAUCUGGAUGAGACUCCAGUGGUCCGACCUGCCGCUCACCCUCACUCUCCUGCCCUCAGUGAUCUCAGUGAUGUGUGUCUGUGUUGGUGCAGAUCAGUUACUUCUGAAUGUAACGUAUUUGGUGUCGUUCUGUUUCUUUUUCGUGUAUAUUUAUGCUGCUUCGGCUUCUGUCGGUCGGUUACUGAGCAGCGCACAUACUCACUGACAGACCGAACAUUUAAUAAAAGGUCGAAAACUCAAA